AUGUUGUUCAAAACUGGGAUACUACUACUUCUCAUUUUCACUACUGGUAUGACAUAUGAUUAGGAAAAAUUAGAAAUAAUCAAUUUUUAUAGGAGUUCAAUCAGCAUGUAACUGUUUUCAAACAACCGAAACAACUGGUAAAUCAGCUUCAUUAAACAAUGCAUUUGAUACAAGUAGUUUCAAUGCUUGUUAUUUGGUGCCAUGUGGAUUUAUUGCCUACAGUGGUGAUGAUACUGUUGGAUGGAGUGUGAGUAAUGAAUUUGCUAUAUGAUAAUUGUUAUUGAUUUCUAGAGCAUCUCAAUUACUUGGAACACUGUUACUGAUUCAACUGCAGCUUUAACAAUUUAUGACGGAACUAAUGAAACUGCCACAGUUAUUGCUACGUAUGUUCAAACCUUAUCAAUUUUUAAAAAAAAUUUUCUAUAUUUCAAAAAAUGCAAUGUUUUCAGUGUAAAACCAGGUAGCAGCCCAUCUCCUGUCACAGCCAACUUCCAGAGUUCAACACCAAGAAUUUUUGUUAAAUACACACAAACAAUCACCACAUCAGGAAGUAAAUCUAUUUUCAGAAACUUUUAAAAUCAUAUUUUUUUUUGCAGAUAUUUAUUAUGGUACCGUUCAAGCAGCUGGAGGAUUGGCAGUUCCUACAACACCCGGAACAACAACUGUCGCACCAUCAACUAGAACUUAUAUUCCAGGAACAUUCACCAGAGAUCCACAACUUAUCUCACAUGAUAUUUUGAUUGUUGUGAAUCCGAAGAAUCCAAAUGGUUUGACUGGUUUAACAGCUGUAAGAUCGUAGUUUUUUUGAAAGCAAAUAUUGUUGUGUUUUUCUAGUUGAACACUCUGGUUGGACAAUUUGUUGAUCAACUCGCAAUCACAUCAUCGAAUUCAACAUUUUCGCAAUCAAGAUUGGCUUUGGCGACAGUCACUCCAUAUUCACCAUAUUCUUCAAUCCAAGGAACUGUGAGUUAAUAGGAUUCAUACUUCCUAUUUUUAAUUUUAUAUUUUGAAGAUUUGGGGACUUACUGCUGCUUCACUCAAAGCUUCAUUGCCACAAGCUGGAAUUUCGGUAGAUGGAGAUAUUAACUCGUAAGAUAUGAUUCACACAAUUGUCAUGAAUAUUUAUAUUUCUAGAGCACUUAAGACACUUCUCACAACUGCCUUCAAUGUUGAUGAUUCAAUUUCAGCAACAAGAACUAAUGUUCAAAGAACUAUUCUUCUUUUCACAGCUGACUGGUUUGCUUUUUUGUUGCAAUUUUAUUUAUUUAUUUUAACAGAGUGAUUUCAUUUCAGGCCAUCGGCUGCUACUUUGGAUGACACUGUCAAAAACGCGUUUUUGGCAAAGGGUGUGAAUCUUGGUGUUAUUUCAUAUAAUCUCGCUGACGUUGUAUGUAUUUUCAAAAUUUAGUUAUUUAAAUUAUUUUCAAGUUGUUUUCAGACUCCACUCAACGAUGUUUCACGUUGGUACAACUUCAGAAACCUUGCUUCGACUGAUUUGACAGCAGUUGCUCAAUUUGUCAACCCGUUCUUCUUCAAUGACAAAUCAGUUACAAAUUAUUGUGAGGGUUCUAUAAUUUUGUUUUUUUUUUCUAUGUAGCAUAUUUUCAGGGUGCCCAUUGGGAGCAAUCGCUAACAGCACUUCUCCUGGAUAUACGUAUUUCCAAGAACCAAGCAAUUACAAUGGACCAUGUUCAGUAAACCCAGGAGUUGCUUGUACUACUGCUUGGACAACUGCAUAUGACUGGCAAUCAGCACUUUACUGCAAUUUCCAAGAUUCAACAUACACUUAUACAAAUGCCAACCCGGUAAAAAUUAUCUUUUCGUAUUUUUUUCCAAAACAAAAUUUUCUAGGGCAACGUUUUGACAGUGACUGUUUUCUAUGAACUCGAAGUUGAAAAAGACUAUCUUCGAUUCUAUGCCGAUGAUGUUGAAAUUGAAAGGUAAUUAAUUAAGAUCAAAAAUUUUUUGUUUCAAAAAUAAAAAUAAUUUUAGCUUCACUGGAGUUGAUGUGUAUUCUUCAACAUUCCAAACCACUGCAACAACCCUCCGUGCACGAUUCACAACUGACAAUCAAGCUGUUUAUCGAGGAUUCUAUGUCCAAAUCCAACAAUCUUAA